AUGGGGAAGCCAAAGCAGACGUCAGCCCCCUCUACCUCAUCCGAGGCCAAGAGACAGCAAAACGAGGAUUCACCCGGAGCUACUUCACCACCAGGCAACGACUCAACGGAUGUUCUGAUCUCCAUAGAUAAGAAACUAAGUAGUUUGAAUGCACGUUUGAGUCUGGUGGAGAUUCUCCACAAACCAGAAGGAGCAGAGGCUCCCCUGUUCAUUUUCAUCACGCUCAACAACGUCUCAACUACUUGCGCUCUGUUCCAGAAUGACACCAGCGGCUUCUCCUCCAGGUUGUUUCUCCUGAGCACCCUCAGGAAACGGAGUCGCCUGCACCACCUCCGAGGUGUUGGCGGUCCAGGAGAGGUCAUCAGAGAUCUGCACGCCCAAGAGUCGGAUGGAGUGGACCCCGUUGAUAAGAGUUUGGAGGCCAGUUUGUGCUGCAGUGUGUCACAGAUGCACAUGCAACAAGGUCUGUCAGCUUCAGCAUCUUUACUUUUCAUCCUGGAAACACAAAGACAGCUUUACAUGAUGAGGUCUCUCCUGCCUUUGCUCCUCUCCCUUGUGUUGGUGUCCCACGGAUCUUCAGCCGUCAUCACUGGGGCCUGUGAGAGGGAUGCUCAGUGUGGAGGUGGGAUGUGCUGCGCGGUGAGCUUGUGGAUCCGCAGCCUGCGCAUGUGCACGCCUGUGGGACAGGAAGGAGACGACUGCCAUCCUUUCAGCCACAAGGUUCCUUUCUUUGGGAAAAGGCUGCACCACACCUGCCCCUGCCUGCCCAACCUGUCAUGUCUGGCUGUGGACGAAGGAAAAUCCAAAUGUCUCUCACCAUACAAGUAUCCAGAUUACUUCCUCUGAGCAUCAUUACUGUUCUGCCUCUAAAAACCAUUUUAUUUGUAGCAUUUUGAACAGAGAUAUAUUUCAUAAUGCAUCAUCUUCUGCUUAAAUGAAACUUUUUAAAGAAAGUCCUGUU